UGGGACAGAAGGAGCUACAGGCCCCCUCCCACAUUAAAGAGGAGCAGCUUCAUGAUGAAGAUGAAGCUCAGUCCUUACAGCUUCAUCACAGUCAAAGUGAGGAGAACAGAGGGGCGGAGCUUGUAAGUCAACACAUCACAGAAGCUGAUGGAGAGCAUUGUGAAGAUAUCAAGUCAGAACCAGACAGCAUCUUUGCUCCACUGUCAGACAUGGACCACAUGAUGUCACACUCUUCUGAUCACAGUGACCACAUCCAAAAACCUUUGGAGAGUAAAAAUGACUCUAAAGGUGAUACGAGACAUCACACUAACAACAAACACUUUGACUGCUCUGAAUGUGGGAAGUCAUUUAGACUAAAAAUUGAUUUUACAAGACACAUGAGAACACAUAUUGGAGAGAAACCUUUUACUUGCUCUGUUUGUAAUAAGAGUUUCUCCACAAAACCUAACAUGACCACACACAUGAGAAUACACACUGGAGAGAAACCUUUUACUUGCUCUGUUUGUAAGAAGAAUUUCUUGCAAAAGGUACACAUGACCACACACAUGAGAACACACACUGGAGAGAAACAUUUUACUUGCUCUGUUUGUCAGAAGAGUUUCUCCAGUAAGCGAAAUAUGACCACACACAUGAGAGCACACACUGGAGAGAAACCUUUUGCUUGCUCAGCUUGUGCUAAAAGAUUCUACUCUAAGAAUGAGGUGAUAUUACACAUGAGAAUACAUACUGGAGAGAAACCUUUUACUUGCUCUGUUUGUAAGAAGAGUUUCUCCAUAAAGCGUAACAUGACCACACACAUGAGAACACACACUAGAGAGAAACCCUUUACUUGCUCUGUUUGUAAGAAGAGUUUCUCCAACAAGCAUCACAUGACCAGACACAUGAGAACACACACUGGAGAGAAACCGUUUAGUUGCUUUGCGUGUGUUAAAAGGUUCAGGUUUAUGUAUCAGGCCAGUAAACACAAGUGUGUAACAGUCAUGGAAGCUGCAGGGAUGUAAAAACACUUAAACAGUGAUUGUGCUAAAUGUAGUUUAAAAACACAGCAUGUUUAAUAAGAAUGUAUAUUUGAUGUUGUAUGUAGUGCUUCUCAUCUUCUAGUCUUAUAUGUUGUCCUGUACUUACUUUUUAAGUUGUGUGCAUGUAUUGAAUAUUAUAUAUGUAGCUACUAUUUUAUUUUAUUUUCUCAUUGUUUAAAGAGAUGGCAUCUUAUUUAAAUUUGUUUUUUUUUGUGUCUUAUAAAAUCACACAUUUUUUUGAUUGCAUUUUA